AUGUACUGGCCCCAUGGAGUUCCCCGGGUCUAUGCGGUCAAUGGGCCCGAUAUUGCCUACGUCUCCUCCGACCAGGAUCGCGAUAUACCUGAUACCCCUCCAAUAAAUGACGCGGAAUCAUUGAACACACGAGACGACGAAGGCCAGAAUGAUAUCCAGCAUGGCCAAGAUACCAAGAGCCAUGAGUCGCGAACCGAGCGGUCCCCUGAUACGAGCAAACCUAAGUGGGAGAAUGAAGCCAUCAAGAGUGUUUGUGUCUCGCGCUCUGGCCAGAUGUUUGCUACAAUUUCCGAGUCAUCAAUUGUUCUCUGGCAGACUAGGCCUACCGCAGUUGUAACAGCUAUAGCUCGAUCUCAGUUCUCCUUGAACACCUACGGCCCAAAUGUAUCACUUCUCAUGCACCCCGACUCAACAAUACUGGUUGUACAGACCCUGAAUGGCUAUUUGCUCACGUACUCCGUGGCAUCUGACCCAGCGACGCGAGUCUAUCAGCAGCGAUAUGACCAUUCUACACACCAUCGCCGUCAACAGGUGGCCAAAUUCUCGGCAGCGGAGGAGGCCAACGUGGUUGAUGAUAUCACGAUACGUUUCCGAAUGGCAAUCAAGAUUGAGUCUGGGAUCGUCAAAGCGCUGGCGCUGGAUCAGGAACUUGUAGUCGCCACCUUGAAGCCCCCAGCUAUCCAAUGCAUCCGGUGGACAGCCGAGGAAGGAAAGACCCAGACCACAUCAGAGCUUUUGAGUCGCAUUCUUGCGGUUCCCAAGAAAGUCACCAUUGAGAACAUGGUGUACGAUCGCGCAAUGAACCUUCUCAUCUGGAUCACUAGCAGUGGUCAGGCAUACGCUGUGCAGCGAGACUCGGGCACACACCAGGAUCCCGAAACCGCCCAGAAGCCAUUUCACGGACAUUGUUUCCAUGAUCCGAAGACUGAUGGUGAGAAUGCCGUAAAGGUAGCAGUGAAUGCACGGUUCUCCCUAUUGUCCGUGAGUUGCUCCAAUGGCGAUGUCUUGGUAUACACAGCGAAAGACUACAUGGGAAAUAUUCCUUUUUCACAUAAGCUUCAUCUGCCGGCCUCGCCAACGACAACAGGUGCUUUGACUUUCAUGAGCUAUUCUCCCGAUGGAUAUUGCCUUUUUGCUGGUUUCGAAAAUGGCUGGACUACAUGGAGUGUCUUUGGCAAGCCCGGAGGAAACAGCUUCUCGGCAGACCCUGCGCUCGCGACGACCAAUGCUGAAGAUUGGCUGACUGGUGUUUCCAACGGAUGCUGGAUCGGCGGCGGAUCAGACAUAAUUUUGACGGGACAGAACGACCGUCGCCUCUGGGUAUUGGAGACGGCCCGCAGCGCUUUGACUGGUUGUUUUUCGUCUGCAAACCUGGCUCGCGGGCUGCUCCAGACUGGGACCGAAUUCAUCCUGUACCGUGGCCAUGAUCUUCCGGAUCUCAUGACAAUAUCAGGAAAAGAUUCAUUGUGGCAUCAUGCCCAAUAUCCCCCAGCAUAUCUACAUUCCCAGUGGCCCAUUCGGUCCUGUGUGGUAUCACAAGACGGACGGUAUGUUGCGAUCGCAGGCCGGCGUGGUCUCGCGCAUUAUAGCAUCAACAGUGGCCGCUGGAAGGUCUUUGAAGACUCUAAGGCCGAGAAUUCGUUUGCCGUGCGAGGAGGCAUGUGCUGGUAUGGCCAUAUACUGAUUGCAGCUGUUGAAAGCGAUGGGUCCUAUGAGGUGCGCCUCUAUUCGCGCGAAGCCUCUCUUGGGAACAAUAAUUCCAUCAUGUUCACAGAAUAUCUUCCUUCGCCGGUGGUGUUCAUUGGGCCUUCUGGAGAGGAUUCUCUCUUGGUCUAUACUUACGACAACAUCCUCUACCAUUAUAUCAUCAACUCCACGCAGCCUCAGAUCACUCUUGUCCCUGUUGGACAGAUUGCUUUCAAUGGCAUUGUUCGGGCGCCCACUCGUGUUCGGUCAAUCAGCUGGGUCUUGCCAGAAGAGCAGAUGCGAAAUGGUGAUCCAUCUCAAGACGUGAAAGUUGCGUCCGUGCUUCUUCUCGUCGACGGAAACCUAGUUCUAUUACAGCCCACAGUUUCAGAGGCGGGUGAUCUCAAAUAUGACAUGCGCGUUAUCUCCCAUGAAGUGGAGUAUUACAUCCUGAUGCGAGACCAGCUGUCCUUCAACUUUUCUCCUCAGGUCGACGAUGCUCUUCCAGCUAGCCCUUCGGCUGAUAUGGCAUUGGAACCAUCCCACAACAGCCUGUCUCUCAGUGACUCCCUUUGGAUGUUCCGAGGCCAAGACUUACUCGCCUGGAACGACGUCGAAGACGUUUUGCGAGAAGGGACGGUGCCGGCACCGCUCAAUAUACCCUUGGAUUUCUACCCACUUUCUGUCUUGUUGAACAAAGGCAUCGUGCUAGGUGUUGAAUCAGAAAUGAUGCAACGGCGCGAUGUCACAUUCACUACACAUCUUUUCCUCCCUUAUUUUCUCCAAUAUGGUCUGACCAACGUUGGAACGCCUGCGGCACUCGCUCUGUGUCGCCACUUCUCCCACCUAUCUUACUUUGCCCAUGGUCUAGAAAUCCUGCUACAUCACGUCCUAGACGACGAGGUAGACAAUGAGAGCCGGGCAAAUAAGAGUGAAAAUCCUCAAGACCGGGCACAACCAAUUCUACCAACUGUGAUUGGUUUCCUCCAAGCCUCACUCCCGGCAAGGGAGUAUUUAGACAUUGUUGUGCAAUACAGAGUUGCGAUCAUGGCGCACACUAUUCGCCUAUCUCCCUCCCCCAAAGACCUCUUCGAGCAAGCCUUGAGACUUGAUGCGCUUAAGACAGCAGUCGGAUACCUGCUUGUACUCCAAGCCUUCGAAGACGAAGAACAGGAACACGAUGGCCGCAUAGAAGAGUACGUCGUCCGUCUGAUUGCUUUAGCCUCCCAAAAAGGUGACUGGGAACUCUGUGCUGAGCUUGCACGUUUUCUCAUUGCUCUGGACGCGUCGGGUGAGAUGCUGCAGCGUGCAAUCGCCCGAGUAGGCCUACGAUCAAAUCCAGGGUCCUCUACGAAAGGAUCCCUCAAUGCCCCGACGGGCCGAUUCGGUGCUGCUGGAUUCCAGGGCUUGGGACUCAAUCUCCCGAUGAGAUCUCCGUCGUGGUCGUCCCUUUCUCCAACCUCAACUCUCUCGCCUCUUCCAACUACGCGGGAGGGUGAAGUGUCGGAUGAUAAUUCUUACUCGGCAGAAGACUUAGAUAAUUGA